AUGCGCCAAACAACGAUUGCAAAACCCAGACAAAUCCACCGUAAGUGGUAUUUAAUUGACGCUCAAGAUCAGACGCUUGGACGUCUAGCGACCUUUGUGGCCAGUUACUUGCGCGGAAAACAUAAAACCGACUUCACUCCCCACGUUGACAUGGGCGAUUGCAUCAUUGUCAUUAACGCAGCUAAGGUCGGUCUUAGUCCUGAGAAAGAAAUUAAGAAACUCUACCACAGUCACUCAGGCUACCCUGGCGGGCUAAAAACCAUCAACGCUCGUGAUUUGCGAGCACGCCACCCAAUUCGCCUAGUGGAAAAAGCUGUUCAUGGCAUGCUGCCCCACACUAAACUUGGUCGCAAACAACGACUUAAUCUUUACGUUUAUCCUAAUGAACAACACAAACACUGGGCUCAAAAUCCCCAGCAAAUUGAGGUUAAAUAA